UAUGAAUCUUUUUGAAUUGACUGACUUCUGCCUGACUCUUGGGCCAGCACAAUGCUUCUGCUGUUCAAAGAAACCCAGUCCAAAUUACCUCAGUGAGAGCUUUUUCAUGGUGAAAGGUGCAGCCCUUUUCUUACAGCAAGGAAACAGCUCCCAGGGCCAGAGAAGUCUCCAGCAUCCUCACAAACAUGCAGGUGAUCUGCCGCAGCACCUCCAGGUGAUGAUCAAUCUCCUUCGCUGUGAGGACAGGAUCAAACUGGCUGUCCGUCUGGAGAGUGUGUGGACAGACCGAGUGCGGUACAUGGUGGUUGUGUACAGCAGCGGGCGGCAGGACACCGAAGAGAACAUUCUGCUGGGUGUGGAUUUCUCCAGCAAGGAGAGUAAAAGCUGCACCAUAGGAAUGGUUCUUCGUCUGUGGAGUGAUACCAAGAUCCAUCUUGAUGGUGAUGGUGGCUUCAGCGUGAGCACGGCGGGGAGGAUGCACAUCUUCAAACCGGUGUCGGUGCAAGCCAUGUGGUCUGCCUUACAGAUCCUCCAUAAAGCCUGUGAAGUUGCAAGGAGGUACAACUACUUCCCCGGUGGGAUGGCUUUGGUCUGGGCCACGUACUACGAGAGCUGCAUCAGCUCUGACCAGAGCUGCAUCAACGAGUGGAAUGCCAUGCAGGACCUGGAGUCCACCCGCCCUGACUCUCCAGCCCUCUUUGUGGACAAGCCAACUGAAAGGGAGCGAACAGAACGGCUCAUUAAAGCCAAGCUCCGGAGCAUCAUGAUGAGCAAAGACCUGGAAAAUGUGACUUCUAAGGAGAUCCGAAAUGAGCUGGAGAAGCACAUGAACUGCAACUUGAAGGAAUUCAAGGAAUUCAUAGACAAUGAAAUGCUGCUCAUCCUGGGUCAGAUGGACAAACCCUCUCUGAUUUUUGAUCAUUUAUAUCUGGGGUCUGAGUGGAAUGCCUCCAACCUCGAGGAGCUGCAGGGCUCAGGCAUUGACUACAUCCUGAAUGUCACCAGGGAAAUUGACAAUUUCUUCCCUGGCUUGUUUGCCUAUCACAACAUCCGGGUGUAUGACGAGGAGACGACCGACCUGCUGGCUCACUGGAACGAGGCCUACCACUUCAUCAACAAGGCCAAGAAGAACCACUCCAAGUGCCUGGUGCACUGCAAGAUGGGCGUGAGCCGCUCGGCCUCCACCGUCAUCGCCUACGCCAUGAAGGAGUUCGGCUGGUCCCUGGAGAAGGCCUACAGCUACGUCAAGCAGAAGCGCAGCAUCGCCCGCCCCAACGCCGGCUUCAUGAGGCAGCUGCUGGAGUACCAAGGCAUUUUAGAUGCCAGCAAGCAACGCCACAAUAAGCUGUGGAAGCAGCAGGCAGAGAGCAACCUCCCCCAAACCACAGAUGAUUCCACGGGCUCAGGUGACUUCCUACUGGAGAGCUUGGACAUCGACCUGGAGAACCGCCUGGCGGAGCUGGACGCGCCCUCGCAGCCGGCGUUCCUGGACAACCGCGCCGGCACCGAGGCGCCGGGGGGCUUCGGCUACUGCUUCCGCCGCCUCUCGGACACCCUGCUGGAGAACAAGGUCCCCAGGGACAGGGAGGGCUUCUUCCCCCUGGAGGAGCUGGAGAGGGAUGCGCUGGUGGAGCGAGCUGCCUCACUGGUGGGACAAGCUCCAUCCGCACCUUCCGAGGGCAGGAGGCUGCUGGAGAUGGGCAAAGCCCUGGAGCCGGCGGAGCCGCUGGCAGAGCUGAGCAGCUUCAGCGAGAAGGAGGUGAAGAGGAAACUGGACUUCAGCCCCCGGAGGGGAAGGAUGGUGCUGGGCCCCGGGGAGGCAGGGGAGGAGAGCGUCCGGGAGGAGAACCCAGUGGAGAAGUGGAAGCGGCGUUUGUCCACGCACAAGGAGGAGAGCAGGCUGAACAGGGAGAACCUCAACAACAACAACAGCAAGAGGAGCUGCCCGGAGGAUUUCGAGCACGACGCCGUCUUUGGGAUCCUCAGCAAGGUCAAACCUCCCUACCAGUCCUGUGCUGACUGCAUGUACUCCUCAGCCAGCUUGUCCCCUGACCCCUUUGGGGAGCAGUGUGAGAAGCUGCAGGCCGGCGCUGGGCGGCGCACCGCCACCAUCUGCACUCAGCCAGCCCUCCUCUCCCACAUCAGCUCCAGCCUGGCUGACCACCUGCCCAGCAAGGCACACCCCGAGGAAGCCAGCAGGACUAAACCCAGCGAGGCUCCGCUUCCUCUCUCAGCAGGGCCUGGGGCAUUGGAGGUCAGGGCUUGCAAAUCGCUUCAUCAGCACUGCAGCCUCUUGGAGAAAGGCAAAGAUGCUCCAAAAAGCCCGGUCAGAACUCUGCUGCCCAGGAGAAACUCCCACUGUGACAAGAGCCUCCUUAACGCUGAGGUGGUCAAAGAAGAGUCCCUGGCUAGAAAAGACAGCAAAGCCACCAAGGAUCUGAAGUACUUGUUGUUCCUCAAAGAGCUGGAGAAGCCAAGUGCGAGCAGUUACCUGACGCAGCAUCAGGAGUCUCUGCUCCAGCUGCAGAAAGCAGGCCUGGUUCGGAAGCACACCAAAGAGCUGGAGAGGCUGAAGGGCCUCCCCUCGGACUCCUCCCCACUGCUCAGAGACACCCCCCUGAGCAGGGUUGACUCCAGCAUCGUGGAGGAAAGCGAGGACUUGAUGUCCCCCCACGGCCUCGUCCCUCUCCUGAGCCCGGCGCCGCUGAUAGCCGAAGACGCAGAAAACAACCUGGAGAAGCUGGAGGUAAAACGAGCCUUGGAAGGGCUCCCCCAGAAGAUCUCCACGCCUGCCCCGUGCCGGUUGGAGCACACCAGCAGUUUCACCAAGGACUUCCUGAAGACCAUCUGCUACACCCCCUCCUCCUCCCGCAGCUCCAACCUGACGCGGAGCUCCAGCAGCGACAGCAUCCACAGCGUGCGGGGCAAGCCCGGCCUGGUCAAGCAGAGGACUCAGGAAAUUGAGACCAGGCUGAGGCUGGCCGGCUUGACUGUGUCCUCUCCCCUCAAGAGGUCCAAUUCUCUGGCCAAGCUGGGAUGUCUUAACUUGUCCUCUGAGGACCUCUCCAGUGACAUGGACGUGUCCACCAUCACGGGCUCGAAAGAGGCCGUGUCGAGCGAGUCUUCCAUGCUCUGUGAGCCGCAAAGCAUGCUGAGAAGUGCAGAUGUCACCCCCAAACUGGCCACCACUAAGCCAGCUGUGGGGAACAUGAAGAACACUCUUUGGAUGGGCAAAAGCUGAUGCCUUCU